AUCUCUCCCACAAGACUGUGUGUGUUUGACAGAGAGAGACAGAGUCGUCCCAGGCCUUUACCAUGAAGCAAUGUGUGCUGUUGUCGCUGUUGUUGGCAUUGGGGUGCAUGCACGUCCGUGGUGCACCAGUGGAGCCGGAGGGCAGGGAGCAGGGAUCGUGUGAAGAUGCGUCUGCGAAGGGAGCUGCAGAACUUGCUCUCAGAAAGAUCAAUGAGGACCGACAGGAGGGCUACGUCUUCGCCCUGCACCGCCUGUCCAACGUCCACACGAUGAACCAUGGAGAAAACAGCAUUGUUUUCUACCUCACCCUGGAUGUCUUGGAGACCAACUGUAGUGUUCUCAGCAGGAAGCACUGGACAGACUGUGAGGCUCGUCCCACCCAUGACACACCGGUAUACGGACAGUGCAAAGCUGCCAUCUUCAUCAGUAAGGUGCACAGAGUGGUGCGUCUCUACAAAUAUCACUGUGAUGUCAGACCAGUUCCUUCAGCAAAGGUGCAUGAGCAGUGUCCUGAUUGUCCAACUCUUAUUGCUGUGGACAACGCUAAUGUUCAGAAGGCUGCAUCUCUCUCACUGAAGAAGUUCAACAACGAGAGUGGCUUGAAAAAUCGUUUUGCUCUGCUCAAAGUCAUCCGUGCCACCUCUGGGAUGGCCACGUCGAUGUUUUACAACGCAGAGUACACCAUCCAGGAGACCACCUGCACUGAGAGCACUGCUGACAACUGCCCUAUCAUGGAGUGCGAGUUCGCUCACAAGGGCUUCUGUAAGGGAUCCCUCUUCCACACUCCCACCGGUGAUCAAGAAACCAGCGUAGAGUGUGAGAUCUAUGAGCCUGAGGCUGCUGAUAGAGAGAAGAAACACCACCUGCUGGGCGGAGAGACUGACCACAGCCACAACGACACACACCCACACAGCCAGAGCCACGACCAGGCACACACUGCCGACGACACGCACACACACGACCACGUGCAUGACCACACCAAGAGCCACACUCAUCACGACCAAACCCACACGCAUGCUGAUGACAGCGAUCACCACCACACACACGACCACGAUGCAAGCAGCGGCCACAGGCACGCUCACGCCCACUCCCAUGACCAUGGCCAUGGCCACGAUCAUGUGCACACUCAUCAUGCCAAGGCACACGACCACAGCGGCGACGUGCCCAACCAGCACCAUGACUACAAGCAUGGCGACGGCGUGCACACCCACGAGCACGACCACGAGCUAGCUCUAGACCACGACCACAAGCACACUCACCUGCAUGAGCAUGAGCACCACCACCAUCACCACGAGCACGAGCACGAGACCACAGCCCACGACCACCCAGAGGGCAUGGUGAGGAUGCUGCCCGCCAUGGACCAGCCACAGACCCUGCCUUCCUUCCCUGACGCCCCUGCCGGCCCUGAGGUGGGAGUCACUCUGCCCCUCAAGCCCGACCCCCAGAUCCCCGAUCAAAUGGAGCCCACCAUCGAGGCCUUCCCCACCUCAGUCUCAGCCCAGUGCCCCCCAGCAGCCGCAGGAACCACCCUAGUGGAGCAAGUCUUCGCUGAGGACCCCAUGUUCAAGGCAGCUGCAUAAGGUGGAGCUCAACUGGAAACUAAAUGAAUCUUUAGUAAAACUUGCAGACAAUAAACAAAAAAAAAAAACAGACUGAAGUGAAGACAUGAAAACAUUUAGAAUAUUUGCUAUAGAUACAUUUAUAGACAAUAUAACAUGCCUCAAAACAUUAUAUGUAGCCUACAACUACAGUAACAUUAACUUCACCCAGUUUUUUUCCACAUUUUCAGAGGAAAUUGGAUGUAAGUUAUAGAAAUAAUAAAACCACCAAACUGGUAAUUUUCAUUAUAACCCUCAGAGACAACAGUAUUGUAGAAACCAAACACCAUGGCCACACAACAGUUUAUAGAUCCCCAUAUUGAGUCACUGCACAAUCAAGCUGGCAAACAUGAAAGUUUUUUGUUUGUAUGUUUUCUGUGUUUGGCUGCACAAAACAAUAAAUUAUACCACAAAUAAUCA